CCCGCCGGGCGCGCCGCUUCCGGUGGGGCCCUGCGAGCGGCGGGAGUGCGGCGGCACCUCCGUGCCUCGGCCUCGGCCCGGGCGGGGGCCAUGGGCACGGCGGGCGGCGGCGGCGGUGCCGGUGCCUUGCGGCUGCCCGGGCUGCACGGCUACGCGGUGGAGUUCUCGCCCUACUGGCCGGGACGCGUGGCCUGUGCCGCCGCGCAGUACUACGGCAUCGCAGGUUGUGGAACUCUGGUAGUGCUGGAACAAAAUGAAACUGGGAUUGUUCUGCUCAGGAGUUUUGACUGGAAUGAUGGCCUGUUUGAUGUGACCUGGAGUGAGAAUAAUGAACAUGUGUUGAUCACUUCUAGCGGAGAUGGAUCUCUGCAAAUCUGGGAUGCAGCUAAAGCCAAAGGUCCGCUGCAAGUCUAUAAAGAGCACACUCAGGAGGCAUAUAGUGUUGACUGGAGCCAAACUAGAGGAGAGCAGCUAGUGGUGUCUGGUUCAUGGGAUCAAACAGCCAAGCUGUGGGAUCCAGCUGUGGGGAAGUCAUUAUGCACUUUUAAAGGCCACGAAGGGGUCAUUUACAGCACUAUAUGGUCUCCACACAUCCCAGGUUGUUUUGCAUCUGCCUCAGGUGAUCAGACUUUAAGAAUUUGGGAUGUGAAAGCCCCAGGAGUCAAACUUGUGAUACCGGCCCACCAGGCUGAGAUCUUGAGCUGUGACUGGUGCAAAUAUGAUGAGAACUUGCUGGUAACUGGUGCAGUUGACUGUAGCUUGAAAGGCUGGGAUUUGCGGAACAUCCGGCAACCAGUGUUCAUCUUGCUUGGUCAUACCUAUGCUAUCAGAAGAGUAAAAUUUUCACCAUUCCAUGCAACCUUAUUGGCCUCUUGCUCCUAUGAUUUUACUGUGAGAUUCUGGGACUUUUCCAAGCCUAACCCUUUGCUGGAAACAGUCGAGCAUCAUACUGAAUUUACAUGUGGACUAGAUUUAAGUCUUCACAACCGUGGUCAGGUGGUGGACUGUGCUUGGGACGAACUAGUCAAGAUUUAUACUCCAUCAUGUCUGGCAGUUCCCGUCUAGAGAGAAAGUGAAGGAGAUCUGACGCACCAGGAACCUUUCUCUCUUCCCCCAUGAGCAGACUUGCGCUAAAGUGUCAACCGUGUCACUAAUCUUAGUGUUUCUUUUUAAGUAAAAGACUACUUGAACGGAGUGUUGUGCACUUCAGCAUGUGGAGACUUUAGGGUUUGGUUUAUUGUACAGGUAGUACUUGAGCCAGCAAAAUGUUCAGCAGCUACUUAAUGGCCGAAGAGUGACCGUAGCAGAUCUGAGCUGGUGUCUUCAGAGUAGAAUCACCAACACAGUUUUGUGAUCUGUCUGGCUAAUGUUGAGAGCAGAGGCUUCUUGAUGAGAGCAGAUCAAGUCUUCUUGAUCCUUAUAAAGAAUAAAAGUAACUGGCAGUGUAUUUUGAAAUAAUGUCACUGUAAAAAAGAGAAGAGUGGCUUUUCACUAUAAAAUGCUGUAAUGUCGAUCUGAGGUUUGUAUCGCUCAGAUGCAUUUAUAUUUAUAUGUUUUACCAUGACUCACAUUGCAUUAUUUUCUUGUGCAAUAUGAUCACUGCUCUUGAUAGACAGUAAAUGUCAUAGUUUAUAGCCAACUGAUUUGUUUGACCUUUUUGAUUGCAGCUUCACAAAGAUGGUAAAGAUUGUUUUCAUACAUUUUUUCCCUUAGAUCUCCUUGAGUAAAACAGUUGAUGAAGUCAUGCAGAACUGAUGAUAGAGAAAACACUUAGGAAAAAAUGAAAUAUAUGCAACACUAAUUGCAUCACAAUCCUCAAGAUUUAGAGAUAGGACAACCAUAUCUUUUAUUAGGCUUGUCUUCUGUUUCCACUUAGAAAGUUUUUCCAAGAGAUAAGAAGAGGAAUGUGGUCAUAUAUUCAGUGUUUCUGGACCUCUGACAACCUGGACAAAGUAGGAGCUGAUGUGCAGACCAGUUGCACCUAGAUACUUGCAGAUUAACUGCAUGGCAUCAGCGUAGAGGUCCAGUGUGGCCAAGCUAUUAUACUUACAAGAACAUAUCCAACGCGUUACAGCUAUGUUGAGUACUUUGCAUGCCCAGUUUGACUCCUCAGCUGACAUGCUGGUAUUUUCAUCUGAGUUUUUCUGGGGCAAGUAGAAGUUUUUAUGCUUCUCCAGUCUUCCUUGAAUACUCUUUCAGGAUGCAACUGUGGUAGUCCUGUGGUUCUCACUGGUGUAUGUUAGACUUCUGUCCUGGUUUCCUGCUAGCCAAUUUUACUUUAAUGUUUUUUUUUCCUUCUUAAAGCUGUCUCCUUUCUGGCGUUACUCCAUAUCAACAAACUUUACCAUCAAAAGACUCUUUGCAGGUCAGGUCUCUGCAGAGCUUUGGUUGGGUUUUCAUAGUCUCCUGGUAAUGAAUGCUGUACACUUCUAGGUUGCACAACUUGUAUUUCAAGCAAUAGCAGACACUGCCAGAUCUGCUGGAUGCUUUGAAGAAACGAAAGAAAGAAUUCAGCAGAGCUGAGACCUGCAACUUGCAAGGAAAGAAUGAUUGUGCUAUCUUGGAGAAAGAGCCAGGGGACUAGCAGGUAGCCACAGGGAGAUACGCAUAUAUUGAUUUGGUGUUAGGGCAAGACAGAAAGAAACCCUCUUCUGCAACACGAGAAUUUGGAUCCUGAUAGGAUCUUAUAUUUUUCUGUGUCGAUGCAAACUGACCCCAGAAUGCCAUCUUCUUGAGCUGAAUUAUUAACAAAAAGUAGAUUUUCUUUUUCCGACAGUGUGUUGCACCAAAUUCCACAUGUUACUGCACUUUAAUUCUUUGUGCUGAGGAAUGAUGCAACAAUAAAGCUGUGCUGCAUACAGCUUUCAGCAACACCAUGGGCCAUAAAAUCUAAUUUUAGACAUUAAAAUUGAUUAUUUCAACUUUAAUAGUUACUCCACUCUGCUGCUUUAUCUCCCUUUUCUGUUUAGACUACAAGUUACUUGUCUAAGUGAAUGGAACAUUUUGGUGGUGGGUAUGUAUUUUAUAUCCUUGUUUCUGGGCGAAAGGAGGGGGAUAUUCCAGAAUGCUGCUAUAGCCUAUGAGUUGGAAGGGCAAAUUUGGAAAACCUAGCACAGAAGGAAGUGGGAGGAAGGAAUUCUGAACAUGCACGUUCAACACAUGGGUUAAACCUUUUCUUAACUGCCUUCUCUCCCUUCGUGUCCUGAGCUGAGGGUUGUUGCAUCCAGAUUUAAUACUCUUGAAAAAUGAGUGCAUCCAGAAGAUGGACAUAGUAAACAAAAACUGUGGCCUUUAGUCUUCCUGCGUGAUCUUUGAAUGGAGAGAAUGUGCUGUAACAUUUCUGCACUGUAACAGAACAACCGAGAUGGCAAUAGUAGUUGCUGUUUCUUAAUUCUCAGGGAACGUUUGCUGUAAUUGUUUUAAAGAAACACUUCUUUAAAGAAGUGUUUAAGUUUUAAAGAAACACUUACUUUAUUGCUAAUACUAGCAAUACUAGCUUCUGAUCUUUUUGUCAUUUACUGAAAGAGACCUUUAACGGCCACAAUCUUGAAGAUGUAAUGUGUUCUACUUUUAAACUUGCUCCUGUGGAAGAUUUUGUUUUAUGGAACCAAUAGAUUUCUCCUUGGUUCAAGAAACAUCCUGAUUAAUCAUGUUCUAAAGGAAUGGAUUUGCUGAUCUACAAUGCUAUUAAAUUAAUUGCACACAGUAUCUUUGGCUACAUUCUUGUAUUCACUUCCCCAAUUAAGAAACGUUGAUCAAAAAGUAAAUGCAGUGAAAAACAGAGUAUGUUAUAAGUAAAGAGAUUGUAAUCGUGGUUUAUGUCUUGAAUGAAUACUGGGUGACAGUUGCAUUUUUCCUCUGUACUUUUGGUGACCAUACUUUAGGCAACUUUGCCUAGCUGUAUGUCCCAUCAGGUCUGCACUUUGAUAAAGGAAAGCUAUUUUAAAUCAUUCUUUGUGUCUGCUUGUGCAGGCUGCAUGUCAGUGAUGCAGUGAUGUCUCUCUUCUAGCCAAGUACAGUGCUGGCCUCAAGUUUUGCUGCAGAGGCUUGGGUGUACUAAGCCUCCCAGUAGCGCUGCUCAGCUUUGGAUGUGCUCAGGGCAUGUGAGGGGGAAUGGAUACAAGUCUGCACAAGGCUUCCUCUAUAUACCUCAUGGUUGCAUUAGACCCUAAUUAGGAAAAACUGUCCAUUAAAUAUUGUAUAUAGAUCUUCACCAUUUUCAGCCAA